AUGGUGGGAGUGAUUGAUCAACUCCGGAUGCCUGAUAAUGGGGAAGGAAGAAAGUUAACAUUAGUUGAUACAAAGACGCAUGGUCAACCAAUGCUUCCUGCUGAACCACAAUACAGAAAUGGAAGGCUACAAUUGAAGUUCUAUAAGCAUUUGUGGGACAAUAUGGUUUCUAAUAACUUCCCUUCUAAACAAUUUUAUGAACAUUUUUCCAUGGAUCCUCAACACAAAUUAUCUGAUGAAGUGAAGAUGAAUGCCACUGAUUCAGGUUUUCCUGCUCAGGUACUGCAGCAACAAUGUUGA